AUGGAUCUCUGCAUCACCGCCGAGGAGCCCUUCGCUUAUGAGCCCCCCAAGACCAAACCUUUUGCUCCCGUCUCGCGAUCUACCACCGGCAGCAACACUCCUCACAAGACCUCGGCUUCUCGCCCAUUUGGGUCACCUGCUCCUCUUGCGCCCAUCUUGCCAGCUUCGCAGCUCGAGUUCGAUCUCAUCAUUCACGACCCCUCUAAUGACAGCUCACUGACUCACCCUUGGGAUCUCCCCUCGACUCCCCUGCGCAUCCCUCUUGAUACUUCCCGAGUCCACCUUCUCACUCUCCUGCGAGAACAGCUCCCGGUAGCCGAGACUUCUACCAACAAAGGUCGUCGCAGCCGCCCUAUUCGUCGUCCCAAGCUCAUCGCUGCUACCCUUUACUGGACGUUCCGAGGCAUCAUUCUUCCGCUCGGACCCAGUGACAAGGAGUGGCACUACCGCGACCCCAUCACUAAGACGGAUAUCAUGGACCGCACUGAGCUGGAGUGGUUUCUCCUCAAGGAGAUGAUGGCUUCCUCUGGAGGCGCGCUCAAGUGCUACUUUGCCAUUCGUGGCGAGGCCCUCCAAACCCGGAAGACUACCGGCUGGUGGUUCGGAAACAGUGGCUGA